AUGGGCCUCUUCAUUUAUGUCCUACUUUUGUUCAUUUGGACAAGUACUUGUUUAAAUGCAAACCGAAGUAAUGGAUCUUCUACUACAGUCUCUCCAACAGGAGCUAAAGACUUUGAACCAACAACACAGACCAAAAUGAACGAUUUCAGAAGACAUCCAUAUGUUCAUAUAGCUGGUAUUACGUGCACAGCUUUUAUCAUUAUCUCUUUUUGUUUUCUCCAUUAUAAUUGUUUGAACGAUGACUUCCCCAAAGCAGAAGCGAUCAAGAAACAUGUAGCAGCCAAGCUAUCUAAGUCAUCCAUAAUGUCAUUCAGUAAAUACAAGAAAGAUGAUCUAUGCAUUCCAGAAAAACAACCUAUGCUAUCUGAUGUUGACAAGUUAUCUGAGCCUUCAGGUCCAGAAAAGUCAUCAUCCAGUUCAGAAAAUAGAAUCAGUUCCUCGAGUCUGGAAAAUUCAUCUGUACUAUCUAGUACAGAAAAUUUCAACAAAACAUCAAAUCCCAAAACAGUGUCCAGAAAGUCACAUAGAAAAUGCAGUCUACCUAAGUCCCAUAAGCUAGCUCAUGCCCAUAAGCUAGGCAGGCAAGUUCGUUCAUCCCAUCCAAAUAGGGCAGUCAGGCCACCGUUGCUAGCUUGUCUACAAUAUCCACUCGGGCCAACUGAAACACCUUGUCCAACCUGUCUGCAAAAUCAAAUCCCACUACUAAAGUCAUCCAGUUUACAGAAAUAUACCAAGUUCCCCAGGCAUCCUAAUCUAAAAAGGUCAUUUAGUACAAGUAUGGUGGACAUGUUAUCUAAGUCUGAGAUAGUCAACUCUGGUCAAUUCUCUGGGGGAAAAUGCUUUGUUUGCAGAAAUAUUUCUAAGUCUUUGGUCAAUGAUACUUCUGAGACCAAGAAGACAAAUGCUAAAAACCCACCCCUUUCAUGUGAAAUGAAGCCUUUCCCCAAGUCCUUUAAUAAGGCAGAUUCCAAAGACAAUGCAUUCUAUGGCAAUGAUGGAGACAGUGAAAGGGAAAUAACCAUUAUUUGUGAGUAA